AUGGUAAUUUCGCGAAGAUUGAUCCGGGUCGUGUCAAUUCUACUGCUCAGCGUUGAUUUCCUUUUCACGACCGUAUCUGCCCUGUCUCUUGGUGGCAUUCGACAGACCAGGCUGCAUGAGAAAGAACAAGCUGCCCUUACGGCAAGCUCUACGCCGAUGCAAUUCCGCAAAUUCAGUGUAGGAUUCAGUCUACAAUCCUCUUUCUCAGCGGUUGCUGUGAUUCUCGAAUAUGACGAUGGCACGGAGGAGACAGUCGUCCGGACUCUCGAUGGCGACGACAAGUAUCGCAAGGUCAUGGCUCACUUGUCGCUUUCUUCGUCACAGCAUUUAGCACCACCAUAUGGCAUGAUGGACCAAUAUUUCCGAGACAUACCACGAGUUAUAGCCAGGCGUGCUCUAAAGAAGAUUGGCCUCCCAGCAUCGUCAGAAGUUGGUGUCCUUGGGAAAGCAGUCAAGAAGCUUCGAACCGAAAUCGAGACAGAAUUUGGGAUCCACAUAUCUAACGCCGUCCUCACAGUUACACACCUCAUCGCCUUUUACGAAGACGAUGCCGAGGACCUAUGCGAAUAUGCAGGCAUCCACCAUGUCACGCCGCAUAUCUACCUCCCCCCUCCCAUUUGGGAGACAUCGGCUGCCUAUGCCGGAUACGGCUUCGGUCUAUGCGAGAAUUACAAAAACGAGACUGAAUGCAAUGCCGAGUUUGGCAACAAGACCAAGAUCAUGGCGGUCCAUUAUAGUCGAUCGGCAAUGAUGCUGUCAUUGCCCACCCUCUAUUCGGCAACACAUCUAUACGGCGAGAGUCCUUACGAAAGAAGAGGCAACUUCGGCCUCGGAAGUGACGCCAUACGAAGAUAUCCAAAUCCCGAGCAGUACUGGAAAGAUGUUAGGGACUUGCUGCUGGACUUGAUGAGGAGUUCAUAUUCCGUCGAUCCCGAGUUCAUAAUUGUUACUGGCGACAACAUGGUCCACGGAGUCUUCAUGGCACAUCUGACAGCGACGGUUCAAGAGUACCUGGGCUCGGUGCCUCCAAUCUACAGCGACGGUGCCCUUAUUGUGGCUGCAAAAGGAGCAGCUGAGAUCAGGAGGCGCGCAUCGUACCGUAAAAAGUAUCCGUGGGAAGACUGGUCAAGUAAUUCUGAUCAGAACACUGGAAUUAAGGUUUUGUGGUUUUCGAUCUACAAUUUCUUUCUUUAUCUGGUCAGAGGUGUCUAUUGA